AAGUCCUUGAUCGUUGUGCUUUCCUUGAUGCCAUGGUCGCCGUUAAUGGCUCUGUUUCUCAGACCAACACUACUAUCUGUACGUCCAACACCCACUUUGAAAUCUGUGAAAAUAGCUCACUCUAUGAAACCUUCGUUCUCCUCUUCUUCCUCAGAAAAGAGUAAAUUGCCGAUAUUGCUCUUCGAUGUAAUGGAUACAAUAGUCCGUGAUCCUUUCUAUGAAGAUGUACCCGGUUUCUUCAGAAUGACUUUGAAAGAACUAAUAGAGUGCAAGCACCCGACUGCAUGGAUUGAGUUUGAAGAGGGGCGGAUUAAUGAGAUGGAGCUAGCUGGAAAAUUCUUCAAAGAUGGAAGGUCAUUUGACAUGGAGGGUCUUAAAGAAUGUAUGAGAAGAGGAUAUUCCUACAUAGAUGGUGUUGAAGAAUUGCUUCGUAGUUUGAAAAAAAACAACUAUGAGAUCCAUGCAUUUACAAACUAUCCAAUCUGGUACACAAUGAUUGAAGACAAGUUAAACAUCUCAACCUAUUUAUCUUGGACAUUCUGCUCAUGCGUAACUGGAAAAAGGAAGCCUGCUGCUGAUUUUUACUGGGAGGCUCUGAGGCAUCUAGAAGUGGAGCCAGCAAGCUGUGUUUUCAUUGAUGACAGGAUGGCAAAUGUUGAAGCAGCAGUAAAUGUUGGGAUGGUCGGUUUACAUUUCAAGGAUUCAGUUUCUCUUCAGCAUGAUCUCUCUAUACUAGGGAUUGAGAUUGAUUCUCCAGCAGAUAAAUGCCACCAAAAGCUGGAUCCAGCCAUCCUCAUCAAAGAACCAUUGUCUUAAGUUCUUCAAUCUCUCAAUGCAAUCUGUAAACUUAGUGUGGUAUUUUUUUUUUUUUUUUCUGCUUUGAUUAUUGUCACUCUUUUUGUUGGCAGUUAUUAUUAUCAAUACAAUUAAACUACUGAUGUCCUGGUUGGCAUUGUCUGCAAUUCUACUUGGUCAAACCUUAUAUAUAUAUGUCUCAAACUCAAUAGGCAGCACUGGCCAAUUCUGAAACAAGAUUAUAUUGAAUUGAAGUAAUUCUUGAAUUUCACAA